AAAAGGAAAACAUCACAUUCCACGCGGUUUGUGGGGAUAGAUAAAAAAAGCACCACAACCAAACACGCGUAACUUCUUUUUCACUAUGAACAUAAAAACAUUAAAAGCAGAAAAUGUUUUGUAUAUACUUAUGUUGUUCCUUGCUCACUUCCUCGUCCUCUCUUCCUUAUCUUAGAUAUCUCUCUUUGUAGUCUUACGUUUGACUAAAACAUGGUUCUUGCUACACUUUUGCUAACGGUUCUCUUCAUUGCAGGUGUCAUAAAUAUAUUCUUUUACAUGCCCACCAACAAAAUUCGUACUUUCCUUCAAAUAUUGUUUCCCAACAACGUUAAGAAUGGUUGCAAAACGACCAAGAUGGAGAGUGAUGCUAAUUAUGUGAAGGAAGAAGAAGAACUCAAAAAGGUGUUUUCAACUUUUGACAAGAAUGGUGAUGGAUUCAUAACAAGGCAAGAGUUUAUGGAAUCACUAAGGAUCUUCAUGAACGAGAAAGAGAUUGAUGAUAUUAUUGUGAAAUUUGAUUCAAACAAAGAUGGGUUGAUUGAUUUUGAUGAGUUUUGUUUGUUGACUAGAGAGUGUAUGGGAGGAGGUGAGAAGAAAGAGAAAGAAGGUGUGAAUAGCAAAGAAAGAGAUUUGGAAGAAUUAGAGGGUAGUUUGAAAGAGGCUUUUGAUGUGUUUGAUAAAGAUAAUGAUGGAUUGAUUUCUGAGGAGGAGUUAGGUUUUGUUCUUAAUGCAUUGGGAUUAAGGGAAGGGAAGAAGAUUGAAGAGUGUAAAGAGAUGAUUAGGAAAGUUGAUAUGGAUGGAGAUGGUAUGGUUGAUUUUAAUGAGUUUAAGAUAAUGAUGAAGAAGGGAGGAGCAAAACUUGUAUUUAAUGCAUAAUUUAUUCUAAUUUCAUCUUAGUGUCUACGAUAACAAUAUAUGUGACACUCAUGCUACCAAUCAUGUAUUGUAUUAAGAUAUAUUAAGAUAUGUAGUUACAUUCAAUUAUUACUAAUCUUUUUUAAUUAUUA